AUGAGUCAUUCAGAUUGCUUUACUCUAGGCUCCAGCUCUUCCUGUUGUAGUAGCGGCCAGUUCAAUAGCGCUCGUAGUACUGACGGUGGUGGCUCCAGCCGGCGUAGCUCUCUGGGACAUGCAAGUAGCUGCCAGAGCAUCGUCGUUGUUAGUAAUCUUCUUCCAGCUGCCACUGCCUCUCUUGCCACGACUGCUCCCUCCACUGUGUGUAAUGCUCCCACGACCAACCUUGCUCCUUUUCCGACUAGUACCACCUCUACCUCUUUUGCUAGUGAGUCAAUUGGUGUGACUCUUUCGCCGUCUCCAUCGCCGGCAACAUCAUCAGCUUCCUCCGCCUCCCCAUGUCCCUCGCCGUCUCCUCCAGCACCAGCACCAGCACCAUCACCAGCAACUGUACGUCAGCUGCCAACCCAGCCUAGCCAUGGGCCGCAUACUUUUGCCCAGGCCACUGGCCACAGUAGCCCUCCACGAUCAAUAUGUUUUCUCGCCAGCCCUGGCGGGCACUCAUCAUCACCUUUGGGUUGCAGUAGUGCCAGUGGAAAUAUAACCAGUGCGGCCGCCCAGCAGGGCCAAACAGCAUUCUCCGCCAGUACAGUUUCUGGUGGUGACAUAAUUACGCCUGUUUCCGUGGCCGCUUCGCGUCUAAUAUACGCAGCCUCAUCGGCUUCUGCUUCUGCCUCUCUUGGAGGUGCCUCGCCAAUUGACCUGGCUGAUUACGAGCCGAGUAUGUAA